AUGACCAACCCAAGACCACCGACCUCAAUCGGCCACUGCCCCCGCCCCCCGUCAACUGCUGCUGCCGAGACAUUCGAGAUUCCUACCCUGCGUCGAAAACCCCUCCCCGAUUCACCAGAUUCUGGUACCGCAAAGCUCAACCACAGUCGGUCCUUCAGUCAUCCCUUCCCGUCCAUCUUUGGUUCGAAAAGAGCGGAGAAAAAGAACAAGCAUGGCAUGGAUUUUGAUGGAACACGCGAUGCUCGGCACGAAGAAGGAACCAUGAAGCAGUAUCAUGCUGAAGCCUUGGGGCCACGGGGUGAUCGCCAGCCAGUCACAGGAAAGUGUAUGACCUGCGAUUCAACCGUCCGGUGGCCACAGGGGCUUAAGGUGUUCCGAUGUACGACCUGCCUAACCAUCAAUGAUCUCGAGUACAACCCGGAGACCAAAGACGACGCCGAGGUGUCGGCAGCUGGUCCCUCGUUCCAGCGCAAAAUCGUUUCUCUGUCUGUCGAGAGGACGAAAACACUGCUUGAUCGAUGCCUCCGGCAGUAUCUCGAGUCUCGCAUUGAGCAUGACGAGCUUUUUACAUCCACUACCCCCAUACCAAUUGAGAAUCACUUACCAGCCGAGGACUCUUUUCUGUUAGACGGUACUCCGCCAGAAGGCGCCUUGUAUGGACAUCUCAACGACGAACAGGACUCCCCGCCAGCGUCUCCACGCCCGGGGAUGAAACAAGGGAGCCCUCCAGAGGACUUUAAUCUGUCCCCCCGGCAUGCCAUCCGGCAUGGCGGGCCAUCCUUUGUUCAAGGCCACCCGGCUGAUCCUUUCAACUCGGCUGGUCCAACGAACAACAGGUUUCAGGACGCCAGGGGGCGACAAUCUGCAGAGCCUAUCCAGCCCUCGCCCACGUCAUCCGGUCCCAGAACUGACGUUUUCCGUCUGGUCGAAACCUACAUUGCUGGCUGUUUUGUCGGAUGUUCCACGUUGAAUCAGUCUUUCCUCACUCCCCGACCACCUCAGGAACAUAAACCUAGAUCUGGUUCGGGGACACAACAAAGGCGACAGUUAUCUGAACCAGCUUCUGCUCCGGUACUCGAGCCGGAUAUCUUCUUGUCUGAGCUCGAUGCAAAAACCCUGCUACUUGGCGAUGUCGCCGAGAACGGGUCAUGGUGGUUAGGAGCGCCGAGCGGACGUGUAGCCAUGUCGGGAAAGGAAUCUCAUCAUCAGCGAGACAGGUCGCCAGAGAAGACUCGCAGUUCUGCAAGUUCAAGAAAUCCCAGGAUUAAUUGGCUCGAACUUGCUGAAUGGUAUCGCCUCGUGAUAUACGCAGGCGACCUUUGGGAACAGCGGUGGCACGAACUGAGGUCCAAGUUGACGGAUCGGAAGGCACAGCAGUGUUGGCAUUCGACCUCAUUAGAGAGCAUUCAGCGAGAUAUCAUCGAAUCCCGAAUACACCUGCAGCGGAGUUUGUUGAAGAUUACAGAGAACCUCUUAAAACGACCCAGACAGCCAUUGAAACAUCCCGAGGAUUGUCGAUUCUUGUUAUUGCUUCUAGCCAAUCCGUUGUUGACGCCUUCAAGGCUUGAGACAGGCAAGAUGUUUGGGAUUACAAUACCUCACCCGCCUGUUCCCGGGGGAAAACAGAUUGACGACAGAGCCCGCGACUCGCCUUCAAAACGAGUUCCGAGCAGCGGUAGACGGCCGGGAAGCCUUGGUCACCACUCGGGCAUAAUCAAGCGGAUACUAGGCCUGAUGGCCAAUCUCUCGAACGAAAACCAUCAGUAUCUGGUUUCAUGGUUUUCUAGAUAUUCUGAUGGCCAUUUCCAAAGGACGGUAGAAAUGGUGGGCAGUUUUGUGAGUUACAGACUCUCCCGACUACAGAAGAGCCCGGCCCACGGACCCAUCAAUCCCACAGAAGGCCUCGUUCCCAGCUUCUCUGACUCUGGGAUGCACCACGCCUCUCAAAUUCACGCCGCGCUCGGAGGCAGACCUUCUUCCACUUCAGCUGGCAAGUCUGAUGGAAAGCCCAAGCUGUCUUCGUACGGUGAAGACUGGCAAAUCCGCGUGGCCGCGAGGGUCAUGGCUUUGCUCUUCCAUGCGAAUGUGGGCCACACUGCGCGGAAGAGAGAUGCCUUUGCCGCGCAAGAGCAGAGGUUGCAAAGUCCAGGUCUCAAUGCUAAGUACCACGCAUACUCACACGGCCAGAUAAUACCGAUCAGCAACUUUUACAACUCGAUGCUGGACUAUGCAGACCUAGUGGCGGACUUCGAAACCUGGGAGACAACAAAGACAAAAUUUACCUUUUGCCAGUAUCCCUUUUUCUUGAGUAUCUAUGCUAAAAUCCACAUCCUCGAGCACGAUGCGAAAAGACAGAUGGAAAUCAAAGCAAGAGAGGCCUUCUUUGACAGCAUCCUCAGCCGCAAAGCGGUCAGUCAGUACCUCAUACUCAAAGUUCGGCGAGAAUGCUUGGUCGAGGACAGUCUGCGGGGCGUUUCUGAGGUGGUCGGGUCUGGCGGUAGUGAUAUCAAGAAGGGUCUGCGCAUCGAUUUUCAGGGCGAAGAAGGGGUCGAUGCAGGCGGUCUUCGCAAGGAGUGGUUCCUGUUGCUGGUGAGAGAGAUAUUUGAUCCUCAUCACGGACUGUUCGUGUACGACGACGAUUCUCAUUACUGCUAUUUUAACCCAUUUUGCUUCGAAUCAUCCGAGCAAUUCUUCUUGGUUGGUGUGCUGGUCGGACUGGCCAUCUACAACUCGACUAUUUUGGAUGUGGCAUUCCCCCCCUUUGUCUUCAAGAAGAUGUUAGCUUCGGCGCCCUCAACCAGCGACAAGCUGUCAUCGGUUCCUAAAGUCGGCCAUGGGUUUACUCUCGAAGACUUGGCUGAGUUCCGCCCUGCUCUGGCACGAGGUUUCAGGCAGCUGCUUGAAUUUGAAGGCGACGUCGAGGAAACGUUCUGUCGCGACUUCGUGGCGGAAAUGGACCGCUAUGGUGAUAUUAUCCAGGUCCCGCUGUGUCCCGGUGGCGAGAAAAGAGCAGUGACCAACUCGAAUCGACGGGAAUUCGUGGAUCUCUAUAUCCACUAUCUGCUCGACACAGCUGUGGCAAGGCAGUACGAGCCGUUCAAACGUGGCUUCUUCACCGUCUGUGGGGGGAAUGCCCUGUCUCUAUUUCGACCGGAAGAAAUUGAGCUCCUCGUGCGAGGUUCUGAUGAACCUCUUGACAUCGCUAGCUUGCGCGCGGUCGCGACGUACGAAGGCUGGCCGAAGCAGGAAGGACCGCCCGAACAGCAACCCCAAGUUAUUUGGUUCUGGGAGUUCUUUGCACGCGUGUCACCCGGGGAUCAAAGGAAAAUCCUCAGUUUCAUCACGGCCAGCGAUCGGAUUCCGGCCAUGGGUGCCACAAACCUGAUUAUCCGCAUCCAGUUGAUUCGUGCCAAGGAGGAAAUGGAUGCACUUGGAAGAUCGACGAAUAAACCGGUGGAAAGAUUCCCUAUUGCGAGGACCUGUUUUAAUACCCUGAGUCUGUAUCGAUAUGCGUCCAGGGAGAAGUUGGAAGAGAAGCUCUGGAUGGCGGUGCAGGGGAGCGAAGGAUUCGGGUUGAAAUAG